CGAAGGCCGAGGCCGCCCGCCCUGUUUGGUCCUCUUGCUUGAUACUUUCUCAUCCUAAAGAUUUUUCUCAAAAGGGGGAUUUCACAACCCACGAGUCUCUAACUUCGCGUAAGCCCAUACUGAUUCGCGUUUCUGACGGUACCACCGUUAAAUCAUCGGCAGAAUUUGAUCGCACUCGCACAUAUAAAUUGCUAGCAAGAGUUUCAGAAUCUUAGUCACCACCAUGGGUCAAGCUUUCCGAAAGCUCUUUGACACCUUCUUCGGGAACUCCGAGAUGCGGGUUGUGAUGCUUGGUCUUGAUGCUGCUGGCAAAACAACUAUAUUGUACAAGCUGCAUAUUGGAGAAGUCUUAUCAACUGUUCCUACUAUUGGUUUCAAUGUGGAGAAAGUUCAGUAUAAGAAUGUUAUGUUCACAGUUUGGGAUGUAGGAGGGCAAGAAAAAUUAAGGCCACUUUGGAGGCACUAUUUUAAUAACACAGAUGGUUUGAUAUAUGUUGUUGAUAGCUUGGACCGAGAGAGAAUUGGGAAAGCAAAACAGGAAUUUCAGGCUAUCAUUAAUGAUCCAUUCAUGCUCAAUAGUGUCAUCUUGGUUUUCGCCAACAAACAAGACAUGAGAGGAGCAAUGACGCCAAUGGAAGUAUGUGAAGGACUAGGUCUCUUUGAACUCAAGAAUAGAAAAUGGCACAUACAAGGAACUUGCGCGUUAAGGGGAGAUGGCCUUUAUGAGGGCUUGGAUUGGUUGGCUGCAACUCUGAAGGAGAGAAAUGCUGCUGGGUACUCUUCACUAGGAGCCUCAUCUUUCUAGUCCAGCUGCAGGUAUUCUAUCGACAAGUCCAACGACCGUGAAGUGAAAUGGCGGCCAUUUUCAUCAUGACGUUGUGAAUUGUAAUCAUAUUUUUUCGGAAGCUGCUGAUGAAGUAUAUAGUUGCUUUGCCGUGCCAGGCACUUAGAUUAUGUGACUUGAUCCAAUGUAUAGAGGUUUGAGCCUGAUAAUAUGAUUAACCAAUAUGAUCAGAGUGUGGAUGUCCUUUAUCGUGUG